AUGAUCUCAAGGACACCAGAGGGCGGUCCACAGCCUGUCAGUGACCCUCCCACAUAUUGUGUCAGAGCAGCCGGAGUUCUGAGGUACAAUCGGGAGUCAGACCACCACAGGAUAAACUCAACAACCAUUCUUCAGUCCCAGGCCCUGGAGGAAUAUCCAGUGAUAUGUGAGUACUGUGGAGAAGAGGCCCAGCCAUCCUUGGAUCUAACAUGGGCAUGGGCGCCUGAGACGCCAUUCUUCUGCUGCGCCCAGUGGGAGCGGCUGUGUAUGAUGCUGGUGACGCAGAGACGGGAGAUGGAGAAGACAUAUGCCCUGAAGACUCGUUUUCCAUCAUCACCGAGGGACAUGACAGACGAGCUUUUCUUAAAAGACCAGGAGAUGGAGGAUCACAACAAGUGUGCCAUGGAUUUACAGAGGAGACUUAGGAAACAGUCAGACAUGAGAAUCCAAUUCCCGGUUGCACCUUUUAUUUUGCGCUAUUGUUUAGUUCUCCCAAAAUCCAGACGCUUCCGGCUGCACAAAGAGGAAGAGGAGAAGGUGGUGUUGCCUUGUUGUGACCACCAGACACUUUCAUUCGGCAUAUGUCAUCAUCAGGAGGCGGAACUCCGACAAAAGUAUUACUCCAAUGGCAUGACCUUUCUGACAGUGUUCCCCGAUGGCUCUGCCAAGCUCUUCUAUCCCUCAGGUCUCUUGGCUCUCUUGGUCGUGGUCACAGAGAAAAAUGGAAGAGUCUGCAUUGUGUACGAUGACAGCGACGCCUCCAACCAACCAAUGAGAGCCCUGUUCCUGUCUAACGGCAGGGCCACAUGUUAUCACAGUAACAGAAACACAUGGCUGUCCUUAAACAGUUCAGGUGGUCAGUGUUUGGAUGAGGAGGGGUCCCGGGUUCGGCGGUGGAGCUGGAGCAGCCUCACUCCCCUGCAGCCCGUCUUCAUGUCCCUCAAUAAAUCUGUUGGGGUCCGAGUCCUCGGGAGGGAACACGUGUUUGUCUCCUUCCUAGCAAGAGGUCAACAGGCAAAGUUCAAUGUGGGUGACUGCUGCGUUCAGAAUGAAUGUAAAACAGUUUGGGCUGCUCCUCCAGGACCAUUGAAGGAGGACCUGUUUGUGAAGGCAGCCAGGAUUAGGAUCCAGCUGCUCCUUCAGAACAUGCACCAGAUCCUGCUGACGCCAUCAUGUGCCCGGCUGCCGAAGACCAAGCUAGCUGCUCAGCGCCGUGCCGAGGCCCAGAAGCUUCUGGAAGUCACUGCUGAUGUGAUGAUGGAGGAGAGUGAAAGAGACUUCAUACAUAGGUGCCUUCACAGUUGUCUUUGA